AUGGCUCGUUUGGACCCGAAUGAACGGCGUUACGGCAAGCACUUGAAACACCUCAGAAAGGAUCAUGCUAAAUUAAAGCGCGAUGUUGGAAAAUUCGAAAAGGAACGGCGAUCCAAACGAGAUAAGAGCGGCAGCAAAGACCGCAAACAUGGAGAAAAAGAGGCAAAGAAGAUCAACAAUAUCUAUUGGGUUCUCAUCACGGCCGCAGACGAAGCACUUGGGGAUGAUGAGGACUGGGCCUCGGAAGCUUCGAGUGAAAAGCUCAUUUAUGCGAACGAAAGGUGA